AAGUUGAGUCAACGAGUGAUGGACACACUGUUUCGAGUUCAAAUGAAACUUGUUUUGUUGCCUUGGCAAAACUCAUUCAACCAAGCUACCAAUGUCAUGUGAGCAACCGGCUUAACAUUGCUGUGGAGUUCACUUCAAGACAAAAUCUGGAUGGAAAGUUUGUGUACUUAGACGAAAGGUAAAUCACUUCACCUUUUAUUUGGUAGGGUCCAAUUUGGAUAAUGAUGGAUAAUAUUCAAUGAGCUGCCUAAACUGCCUGAGAAAGAUAGAUCAUUUUUAAACUCAAAAGAUUAGUAACACACCAUCGCGGGCUUACUUUCAUUUUACCCAAAUCAAUAAAUAACAAUAAAUAACGAUAAAAAUAGAAUAUCUUGCUUGGUACAUUUACAAUAUAAACAAUCAGAAAAAGAAUCGAAUAUUCUCAAAGGAUGGUUUAAAUAUGCGACAGUACAGAUUACAAAAAAACGUUUCCAGUUGUAUUGAUUUUUUCCAAUCUGGUCCUCCUAAACUCUAUAGACACAACAACAAUAACAUUAAACAUGAUAUUGUUGUUGUGUCUAUAGAGUUUAGGAGGACCAGAUUGGAAAAAAGUUGUAACUUUAUCUGUUUAUCCUCAAUAAAUAAAGUGUUAUUAAUAUUAUAUUAUUAUUAUCGUUUAUGUCUGCUGUUUCGCUAUUAUUUUCCUCCAUUGCAGUACGAGACAGGCAAGCGAAAUCUGGGUUUUUGUUGUUUUCACAAUUUUUACCGGCAAAAAGAAAGCGUCCGCGAUAAAUUUGGUCAGCGACGACAGUUUUCCCACCUGUUCUAAUUUUCAUAAUUCUUCACUCCAUGCAAUCCGCCAUCUUGGAUGACAAAAUCCUCCCCAUGUGCCUACGCUAAAGAUGAAAUCGCUGCGCAAGCAAGAUGCGCAGAACGGCUCAACCAUGUCGAUUGCCAUUAGCAAUCGUCAUGCUUAAAUUAUUGUUGUAAUAUUCUUCGAUUUCUUUACUAAUUUAUAGUACUAUUAGUUAACAAAUUCAUAAUAUUUAUAUAAUUUGUGAAAUCAGUAAUGAACAUGCAUCACAGGUAAUUAAUGGGGGGGGGGGGAUUUAUUCUAUUUUUGUAAAUCAUUGUAGUACACACCUCUUUUGGAACAACCUCGUACCCAGGGUCUUUCCUCUUGUGGAAAAAAGACCCUGGUAGACGCUGGUCACGUGGUCUGCUAAAAUCUAGCAGAUUUCUAGUUAACUAUCUUGGAUUCCUUUACGACAAUCAUACGAAAAGCAAAUUAUAAAUUAAUCUAUAAAAAUUAUCCAAAUAUCAAAUAUUUAUUGACCUCAUCUUGGAUUGCUAAUUAAAAAUCUGCUUGAUUUUAGCAGAUCACGUGACCAGCGUCUACCAGGUGCUUUUCUCCUCUCGUAAAGAGGAAAGACCCUGGGUACGAGGUUGCUUUUGGAAACCAGCAUUAGUUGAAAAGAUCAGUGUGUUUUAAAUAAAGGUUCUAAAUAAAAUUGAUCCAUCCAGGCAUAUCUCACCGACUUUGUAAAGUAAGUGAACCACGAGAUGCCUGCGGAGUAGGCUACCCCUGACUAUACAUACAUUCCUGAAUUAUUGCCUAUCUUUGCAGGUGCACUCGUAUCACAGGUUACCUGCCAGACGAGAUCCUUGGAUCCAUGCUGUAUGAGUUCAUUCAUUUUGAUGAUCUGGAAAAUAUCAGAACGAGUUUUGAAGCAUGUAUGUCUGUGCUAAGAAAUAACAUAACUCACCAUAUCUAUGUCCAAAAACUGAUUCCCAUGCACAUGCAUUUGAUUUGUGCGAAAAACUUUUUGUCAAAUUUACAUUCGUAUUAAUUUAACUUGUAAUUUAAAGUUCGUUUAUAUUGAUGGGAUGUGGUUUGAUUUGGAAAAAGUCCUAUAGGAGUGUGUUAAAAUGUUCUUGGUUAUUGGCACUAUGUUUCAAUGUCUCACAUGCCAAGGAUAAUAAGCAUAUAUGGCCAGAAAUUUAACGACGGGAAAUUUUCUGAAGAACGAGUAUUCAUUUUAUAUUUUGCAUUCUUCUAAAUUCUCAUUGAGAACCUGUAUUUACCCAGGCGACAUGAUUUGCAAUACAGCUUCGUGACCAGCACACGUGAGACACUUAAUUGAGUCGUUCCAUUUCCAUCCUUCACAACCCCCUUGAGUAUCUCCCCAGUCUCCAGCAGUGCAUGAAUCAGCGGCACAGUAAUCAAACGUUUGGGUAUACGACGCAGAUACAGUAGAUAAAUCGGUGCAAAUUUUUAACUUAUUAAUUAUUAAUAGAAAAUAAUAUGUCUGGUAAUAAUGCGUCCAGAAAACAUUUUGAGCCUUAAAUUUCAUGAGCCAAUUUUGACAUGCAAUCUUUGAAAGUUUGUCAUAACUGUACAUAUUCAUCUCCUCUAUUACUUUAUAUUUUCCUUCAUUUGUAAUUCUCGCCUCAUUAUAAUUUUUUGUUCCCUCGUAUGUCCGUAGUAUUUGAGAAUGGUGAAGCCGAAACUGGAGAUUAUCAUAUCCUAACUAAGGGAUGCCAGUGGAUAUUAAUCAACACCAAGAGUUAUAUUCGUUACAAUCACUGGAAUUACAAACCAGAAUAUGUUUGUAGCACUCACGAGUUGGUUAG